AUGCAGACAUAUGUUGCCCAACGUAGGUCUCGAACCCAUGACCCUGAGAUUAAGAGUCUCAUCCUCUACCAAUGGAGCUACAGUGGGAAAGGGACCAGGCCCGUCAACAGCUUCCUAUCGUCUUCUUUCCAAGAUGCGUCCGAAAUUGAGAAGCUGAAGGACAUAUUUGGCAGAAUGAUCUUUUUCCUGGAGGAGAAAAGCAUGGCGAAGGUUAAAGAAGCUGAGAAGCAGGUUGAAAAAGAGAUGGCACAGCUGAAAGCAGGGUUCCAGAAAGAGGCUCGCCAAUACCGAUGCUCAUCUUGCACCAUGGUGGACUGCUCGCUGCCCAUCGAUUGCCCAAUUCAGGAUGUGCAUAAAUCUGAAGGGGAUGUAACACUUCUCAGCUGCGGAGUUAAGUUUGAGAUUUCUGAAGAAGCAACCUUCCGAUGGAAAUUUGUCAAGGACAUCAGAACCAACAAAAUUUUCCUCUUCCAUGACCUGAACUUUGGAUUCAAUCCUUCCCUCCUUAUCCGCCCCACCCUGGGAUCCCACCAUGGCACUUUCGCCUGCCAGAUCGCCGAUGAGGAAGGGAUACUGGUCAGGAAGUUCUUUUACCUCAACGUGACGGAGAAGAGACUUCAUCUAGAGAAAGAGUUGCAGGAGAUGUUCAAAGCCGUCUUGAACCCCCCGCCAAUGGUAGGGGGUGCAGGUGAAACAUGGGGAGAGGAGGUGCAGAGCAACCUAACCGACUCAGAGAUGCCGUCCUUGGAAGAGAUUCUCUCUGGGCCAGACUUCCUCCACAAGAAGGUUGUUGUCUUCCUCAUCGUGGGGAUAGCCAUGAUCUCAGCGCUCGCCACUAUGAUAACAAUGUGAGUUUCGUUACAGUUCUUCCUGCACCGAGGGCUGGGAUUCCAAAAUAAAGCGACUUGCUUUAUUU